AUGCUACUUAAUCACGUGACUUUGAGCCUUCUUACGAAGGACUACAUCGCGUAUAUUUUUCUUGCUGUGUUAGCUUCACCAGAUCCUCCUCCUCCUCUCAGUUGGGGUUGCGAAGGCUGGGCGACUCGAGCGAUGUCCCCAGGUCAGAAUCCGCAGCAACAGUACGGAAACAACAGCUACACUACAAUGGCACAAAACGGACAAGCACAACAAAACAGGAAUCCUUUUCAGCAAUAUAGCUCGGGUCGACCAUCAGCAGGAAACAAUAACAUGUUCGGCGGAGGAAUGCGAAUGGGAGUAGACUCGCGAACGGCCUACGCUCCACCACCAAGAGACGACACUCCUUUACAGGAUGGUACACCUUUGAGCUCAACCAACUUGUACAUACGCGGUCUUAGUCCGAGCACAACUGAUGAAGAUCUCAGAAAGAUGUGUCAGCAGUACGGUACUAUCACUUCAACUAAAGCUAUUAUGGACAAAGCUCUUAACCAAUGCAAGGGAUAUGGUUUUGUGGAUUUCGAAAGUCGCGAAGCUGCCGCUCGCGCAGUGGAGAUGCUGACAAAGAACGGAAUACAAGCACAGAUGGCCAAACAGCUUCAGCAACAAGAACAAGAUCCGACAAACCUCUACAUUGCUAAUCUUCCUCCGAAUUUCAACGAACAAAUGUUGGAAAGUGCUCUGAGCCCAUAUGGGAUGGUAAUUUCGACUCGGAUACUACGAAAUGCAGAUGGAAAUUCCCGAGGUGUUGGCUUUGCUAGGAUGGACUCGAAGGAAAAAUGCGAAGAAAUCAUAGCUGCUUUGAAUGGAAAGUUAAUCGAAGGAAUGGAUCCCAAUGCCACUCCAUUGCUGGUAAAGCAGGCCGAUACAGGAAGGAAGAACACGCGAAAAAGGAGCGACAUGGGCUUUGAACUCGGAAUGUACCCUAGUCAGCCGUUCACAAUGACAGCUCCCCAUGACUACAUGAGAAAUAUGGGAGGUAUGCCACAGAUGUAUCCAACACCAUAUGUAAAUUAUGGUAUGGGAUAUCCUCAGCAAGUGGCCGGAUAUUCGCCUUACGAUGUUAAUGCAAUGACGAGUCAGAUGGGUGGUAUGCAGAUAGGAGGAGGGGCACCUCCAUCUGCUCAGGAUAACGUGUAUAUGCUUCAACAAGGUUACUUUGUCAACAGUAGAAAGCAGUACAAUGGUGCCGGUCAGUACGACAAAGAUGAAUGGUGGCCAGAGUCAACUCCAGUGAUCGAUUCUGGAAUUGAUGAAACUACUUGUCAGCAUUGUCGUGUUGUGGUCGACCUUCGAGUAGAGACUUGA